GGACCAGCCGGUGCAGUGGUUAGCUCUCACUAAGAUUUCUAAGUUUGGACAUCUUGAGGCUCCUUUGGAAAGGUCAGGCGGGGCCGUUAUAGCAGCCAAUGGGAGCGGGGACCGCGAUUUAAAGGGUCGGGCUGGGAGCGGUCCCACUCUGAGCGCGACCACGGUGCGGCCAGAGAAGGACCAUGAUCCGGGUGCGGUGUCUGCGCGGAGGUAGCAGAGGUGCCGAGUCCGCCCACUUCUUAGGAGCCAUGAUUGGCCGAGCUGUGGUGGGAUGGGUGCAGAGAACGUUCCAGAGUACUCGGGCUGCUGCUACAGCCAAGAGCUCCUGUGUUGCCGAAGAUGAUGUCAAGGACAAAACUGCUGAUUCACUGGCUGACGAUUGUCCAGUCAGCUCCUACAAUGAGUGGGACACCCUGGAAGAAGUGAUUGUGGGCCGGGCAGAGAAUGCAUGUGUGCCUCCUUUCACGGUGGAAGUGAAGGCCAAUACCUAUGAGAAGUAUUGGCCCUUCUACCAGCAGUACGGAGGCCAGAGAUUUCCUAAAGAGCACAUGAAGAAAGCUGUUAACGAAAUUGAAGAAAUGUGUAACGUUCUCCGUGGUGAGGGUGUGAUUGUCAGGCGCCCUGAGAUCAUUGACUGGUCACAAACUUACAAGACGCCAGACUUUGAAUCCACAGGAAUGUAUGCUGCCAUGCCCAGGGACAUUCUGCUGGUGGUGGGUAAUGAAAUCAUUGAGGCACCAAUGGCCUGGAGAGCUCGUUUCUUUGAGUACAGGGCAUACCGCCCAAUCAUUAAGGACUACUUUCUCCGUGGAGCCAAGUGGACAAGUGCCCCUAAGCCGCAAAUGUCGGAUGAACUGUAUAACCUGGAAUACCCUAUUCUGUCCGUGGAAGACAGGCACAAGUUGGCAGCUGAAGGGAAAUUUGUCACCACCGAGUUUGAACCAUGCUUCGAUGCUGCUGACUUCAUAAGAGCUGGGAAGGAUAUAUUUGUACAGAGGAGCCAGGUGACUAAUUUCCUGGGGAUUGAGUGGAUGCGGAGACACCUUGCUCCGACAUACAGGGUUCACACCAUUUCCUUCAGGGAUCCAAACCCCAUGCACAUUGAUGCAACUUUCAACAUCAUUGGCCCUGGUCUGGUCCUGUCAAACCCAGACCGACCCUGUCAUCAGAUCGAUAUCUUCAAAAAAGCUGGCUGGACUAUCAUCUUCCCCCCUACUCCUCUGAUCUCAGAUGAUCACCCCCUGUGGAUGUCUUCCAAGUGGCUGUCCAUGAAUGUUCUGAUGCUGGAUGAGAAGCGAGUGAUGAUCGAAAAGAAUGAAACUACAAUUCAAAAGAUGUUUGAGAAACUAGGAAUUGCCACAGUUAAAGUCGACAUCCGGAAUGCCAAUUCUUUGGGCGGAAGCUUUCAUUGCUGGACAUGUGACAUCCGUCGCCGUGGCACCCUCCAAUCGUACUUUGACUGAGCAUUGCCGGGGUCUCUCUUCUAAUAACUUAAAAGGCUUUUGGAAUGUUGGUCUUCAUCUCAAGGGACUAGAACACCAAGUGGUGACAAUGACCUAUGGAAUUGAGAUUAAUCUCCAUUCAAUUAGAGGAUAAAUUCUUUUGUAGUGUUCGCUGCAGAUUCACCUGGAUCAAUUCACCAGGGUUGAAAAUAAUUGAAUCAUGAAGACAGGAGAAAGAGUCCAUUCAGUCCUCUGUGUGUUUGCUGAUCCACCUUCUUCCCAUAGCCUAGCUCUCUCCAGUACCCCUCGAUUUCCUGUUGGAAGCACGGAUUCUGUUUCAGUCCUCCUACAGCCUUUGCUCAAGGUGUUGACUGUAUCCCCAGGUUCCUGACCUGCCUGCUAACCUACUGACUGGGCAUUCCUCUGUGCAUCAUUCAUGUGCCUCCUUUGCCUUUCAUAUUCACGUGUCUAAAGUCCAUCACAAUGCCUGAUUCCAGUACUACCCUGAGUAACUCAUUUCAAACGUCCACACUCUCUGCAAAAAGAAACUUGCCCCUCGCACCAUCUUUAAAUAUCUCCCCUCUGACCUUAAAGGCAUGUGCUCUGGUGUUUGACAUUUCUAUUGGGGGGGGCCUAUGCCUCUUAUAACCUUAAAAAAUUCUUCUGUCCCCUCUUAGUCUCCAGCGCUCUAGGGAGGACAACCCAAGUUUGUGCAAUCUCUCCAUUCUUCAUACUCUCUAAUCUUGGCAGCAGCCUGGCGAACCUCUUCUGCAUCCUCUCCAGAGUGUCCACAUCCUUCCUAUAGUGUGGUGACCAGAAGUGCAGGCAAUACUCCCAAGUGUGGUUGGACUGAAGUUUUAUACAGCUGCAGUACGACUUGCUUACUCUACUAAUGCAGGUAAGCAUGCCAUACGCCUUCUUUACCACCAUUUAUGUAGCCCUUACAGUGAACUAUGGACCUGGACAUCAAGAUCCCUCUGUACGUCAAUGCUACUAAAGGGUCCACACUAACUGUACACGCUGUCCUUCCAUUUGACACCCCAGAGUGCAACACCUCACACUUGCCUGGAUUAAACUCUACCUGCCACUUCUCUAACAGUAUCUGUAACUAAUCUAUAUCCUAAGUAUUUUUUGAGUGUAUUGUCCACAACUCCACCAAUCUUGGUGUCACCCACAAACUUGCAGAUCCACCAUCGACAUUUUCAACCAGAUCAUUGAUAUAUACCACAAACAACUGAUGUCCCGCACUGAUCUUUGUGGAACGCCACUGGUCACGGACCUCCAGCCAGAAUAGCCGCCUUCCACUUCUACCCUCUGUUCUUCUAUGGACAAGCCAGUUCACUUUGAAUCCCAUGUAUCUUCUGAUGCAACCUAGCACAAGGCACCUUGUCAAAUGCCUCAUGUCCAUGUAAAUAAUGUAAACUGCUUUGCCCUCGUUCAGCACCUUUGACACCUUCUCAAAAAACUAAUCAAGUUUGUAAGGCAUAACCUAACCUGUGCAAAGCUAUGCCUUUCCAAAUGCACAUAAAUCCUAUUCUUCAGUAUCCUCUCCCUAUCACUGACGUGAGGUUCACUGGCCCAUAGUUCCGUCGAUUAUAUCUAUUUCCUUUCUUGGACACAACAUCUGUCACUCUCCAGUCCUCUGGGACCUCACCUAUUGUUAGUGAAGACACCAAGAUCUUUGUCAAAGCCCCAGCAAUCUCUUCACUUGCUUCUUUCAAUAUUCUGGGAUAUAUAUCAUCAGGCCCUGGGGACUUACCUACCUUGAUGCUCUGAGAGGAGCCAGCACUACCUUUUCCUUAAUCUCCAAAUGUCCCAGCACAUGAGCAUGUCCCACUCUGCGUUCACUCUCUCCCAAUCCUUCUCCUCAGUAAAUACUGACACAAAGUACUCAUUUAGUACCUGAGCCAUUUGCUCUGACUCCCAGGACAAAUUCCUUCCUUUAUCCUUAGGUGGACCUAACCUGUCCUUAGUUAUCCUCUUUUUUUGAUGUAUAAAAUACCCUGUAAUUCUCCUUGAUCCUGCUUACAAGGACAUUUCAUGGUCACAUUUGGUUUCCUAAUCAUCUGCUUCAGCACUUUCCUACUCUCUUUAUAUUCCACAAGGGCCCACUCUAAUUUCUGCUUCCCAAACCUUACGUAUGCUUCCAUUUCCUUCCUGACUAAAUUCAGGCCUCUUGAGUCAUGCAAGGUUCCCAUGCCUUACCAUCCUUGUCCUUGUUCUUUACCAGAUAUUCCGAUCCUGAACUCUGGCCAGCGGGUCUUUUAAACUGCUCCCAGAUAUCAGAUAGCAGCUGUUCCCUAUCAACACCACUUAGCUUGUAUCUUAUCCUGUUUAAAUUUGCCCUUCAUCAAUUUAGUCCCUUCCCGCAAGAUCCAAUUUUAUUCUUGCUCAUAACUAUUUCAAAACAUAAUGAGUUGUGAUUACUAUUCCCAGAAUAUUUACUCACCCAACGUGGCUCAUUUCCCAAAGCCAGGUUCAGUGUGUUCUCUCCUUCAGAGGGAGUUUCCACAUAUUCUUUCAAGAACCUUUAUUAUUUACCAUUUCUUCACUGUUGUGAAUAUUUAAUUAAACUUUCUUCAUGGACUUGAAGAAUGAACCCUCUCCACUGAAGCAAAGUUCGUCUUUACUGGGAUUCACUGUGUUUCCAUGACAACCCAUUCAAAACCAAUGUCUGGUCUGGCCAUAGGACUCCCAGCAAAGAAUUAACCUAAAUUACAAAAUAUGAUUCAGAGAACCCCUGCUUGCUUUUGUAGUCCUUGCCUCAAUUUAUAAAGACCAGGAUUCCAAAUGCCUUUUUAGUAACCUUCUCAACACAGCAUAGACUGACUCCUUCAGAAAUGUGUUCCUUUGUUCUGACAACCUCUUUUCUAUUGCCUCUCUCCUCAAAAUAAUGCUGAGUUUGAGAACAAAGUGCAACUUUCAAAAUUGUGGUGGAUAAUUUUAUUUUCUUGGACAAGAUUAUUAAAGCUUGUGGAAUAAAGGUGGGUAGAUCAGCUAUGAUUAUUCGAAUGUUUGAACCUCAUGGAGCAGGAAGGCACUUGUUCUUCUUACAGCCCAAGCCUGAACGUAGGCUGGGUUGACUUUGGUCAAACAUGUGCAUGAACUGUGGUUUGUAUUUGAUCAGCAAUGCCCGUUCAAAGCUGCUUUUUGUCACUCUCUUUCCAGGAGAGGUACUGUAUUCAUAUUCCCUUGUAAUCUGUAACAGAAGUCCUCUGGCUGACUUACAAACAUUUCCUCCUCAUGAAUAACUAUGGCUUCUCAGUUGUUCUUUCAGGGUCACGGGUUAUUAAAGUUUAUGUGAAGCUGCUCUUCGUCUUCACUUGUACUGUUGUCAUUCUCAGGUACAAAAUUUUGGCAAGUUACUCCACUGGAUUACAACAUUUUAAAUUAAAUUGAGGACCAUGUUUGUAUUUGAUGUAGGAACUGGCAGAUUUGCAAUGCUCAUUUUAAAAUCUUGUCUGAAAUUUCAUUUGGCAGCUGAACACGGUAAGGCAAAUGAUUGGGCAUGGACCAGUUUCACAAAAUGCCUGUCUGUCACCUCCUGGUGUGGAGUCCCAGCUCUUCCUGAAAGGUGGAGCCACUCUUAGGCUCCGCUAACUUUAGGCAUAUCACCACUUGGUCGAACGUCCCAAAGAAAUGUUGCUUCACACCAGCUGGAGAGAUUCAUUACAGAGUACACCCCUUCCAUUGCCAGCCCCCAGGGAAUUUUCCCUCCCAUUAAAAUGCAGAAAGUCCAGGAUAAAACAGAAAACUUUCAAAAGACAACUCAGUUGGUCAGGCGGUAUCUGUCGAGGUAGAAACAAAAUGACAGAAGUGAGAUGUUAGCUGUUACCUACUUUCUUCACAGUUACCGCCUGACUGACUGACAGAUUGUUUCUGAUGACCACUUCCAGGAUGAUUUGUGUUACUGGGAAACUCACUGGGGGGGGGGGGUGCCUCUGUAUUCUGAUACAGAGUUCACACUGUGGAGCUGUGUCAGUCUCCCUGUGCAGCAGAGGAACUUGGACAAGGGCUGUUGGUACUGCAGGGAACUGUGCGGCUGGUGCAAAUGGCGGCCACUUGCCUUGUGCCUGCCAGACUGCUGCAUCUCCCCCACCAGCUACCUGACUGCCGCAGAGUUGCUGAAAUCACAGGCUCCAGCCACCUUGCAAUCUGCUCUGUCCCUUCCUUUCCACCAAUACUUCCCCCGGCCAUAGCCCAACCACGCGUGCCAACACCAAAACUACUUUAGGCUGUAGUAUUCCUGGGCAUAAACCCAUUUUAGAACUAUUUUUAAUCGAUCUGGAAAUCAAAAGCAACAAAAAAAAAGCUAUUGAUUGGUGAUUUAUUGCUUGGUGAUUUUUUUAAAAUCACCUUUGGCUCACCCUGUCUAUGCUGGCUCCUAAUCAGCUCAUAAUCAGCUUUGUCAACAUCCUCUCAAUGUGAAGUGUUCCAAUUAAGACUGGAACACCCAUCAUUUGCCUUCAUUUCAUUGGUUUUAAGUCUUUCCUUGUUUGUCUUGAAUGCUAAAGUUAAUUGAACCGCAACGAGUAUUGCAUGCAGGAUGUUGGACAUUGCUUGAAGUCACUGCUGCCUGAGGAAAUGUGUUGGACUUCAGCUUUGAAAUAAAACAAUGUGAAAGUUAGUUUGUGGGAACAGUUUUCUGAGUGGAUUGAGAUUGAGGAGUUGGAGAAUUCAUGCCACAGUCCAGCAGAGGGUGCUCCGGCCCAACAGAUGUGACCAGAGGAUGGUGGAGCAUGGCAGAGCCCAGCAGGCCCUCUGGCCCACCCUCUCUAUGCUGGCUCCUGGCUCCUGUCUCCCCCUCCCUAUAUACAGACAUUCUUCAUCCGCCAUCUGUUCCAGGGAGACCAUGCGUGCAGCCUGCCACAGCACUCCGUGUUCUGGGGGAGGAAACCCGAUUACAGCAACUCUUCCCUAUCCUCCCUCUGGCCCCCUGCACUUUCAAUCCCCUGUCCCUUUCCUCCCCAUGGUGUCUGUGGGCAAUUGUUUCCCAGUUACAUAGGACUGCAUCAUUUGCUAUUCAGAAUUACAAACCUAUUCUGCAAACAUUGUCUGUUUCCCAAAAACAAGCUGGUAGAAGUGAAGGAAGUAAUGAAAUUGCAAGAUGUAUUUAGUCCAUGGUUUACUUGUGUUUUACUGCAGAUGUUGAAUGAGCAUGAAAAGUAUUUAUAAUUCUUCUUCU